AUGGCGACGGUGUAACGACUACAGCAGGCGGCAGGGUACCGCCUGGAUCGUCGGCACUGCUGACAUUCAUCAGAAGUGCAGAAGUGUUGGCUGUUGGUGUUGCUUGGUGUUGUGGUUUUUUCUUUCUUUCUUCUUCUUUGUGUGUGUGUGUGUGUGUGUGUUCGCUUCGAUGUCACGAGGAGGUCCGUGCCUUGGGCGGUCGGCGAACUUGGUGCGCUUCGCAAGCCCCAGCCCACUUGUCCCCUCAGCACCCUCACUGCGUCCGCAUUCCCACUUUGGCUGUUGGGUCUUCAAAUCACCAGCUCGGACUGGGCCGAGUCGCUUUCGAAAGAGCUGUGCAUCCAUCAGCAUCGCCAAUUGCUCGACCCCACAUCGAAAUCGUCGACCCCACACGUCAUCCGAGAACAGACGACCGCAUUCAUGGCCGCCGCCGAGCCGAUCUCGUUGUACGUGUAUGACCUCAGCAACGGGAUGGCGAAGCAAUGGGGGAGAAUGUUGACAGGCCGUGAUGUUGAAGGAAUAUGGUGCGUCGAGAUCAUGUCUCGCUGGAGGAAGAUUGUCGCACGCGCUUACGUGGCCGUGACGAGGACACUGACGAUGACGUCUACCUUGCUAUACAAACAGGCACACAUCACUGGUCUUGCAUGGGAUGGAAGUGUUUUACGGACAAGGAAUCGAUAUCGUCUCCCCACCUGGCACGACCCAUGUAAGUCGACUAGCCUGCGCUGGCUGGGGUUGAGUCUGACCCCUAUCCUCUUCGACUGUACAGCAUGGCCGGCCGGUGAAACAACUCUCGAUGGGGUCCACCCAGAUAGAUCGCCACACCUUUUUGGAGUACGCGCAGCAUUACCGAGAUCGUUGAAUCAUCCUCUGGAGUCGACUAAAUGGUGCUCGUGCUUCCCCGCUGGUCGCGCAGAUAUAUCCAAGGCAUGCGUGAGGUCUACUCCGCGGAUCGAUACCAUUUGCUCGACUUCAACUGCAACACGUUCACGAAUGACGUCCUUGGGUUCCUGUAGGUGCCCCGUACACCAUGCACGACUCGAGGGGUCGCGGACGGUAACUGAAAACGUCGGACGGCUGCAGGAACGGGAACCAGAUCCCCGAACACAUCCGGAAUCUGCCGAGCGAGAUCAUGAGCACGCCUUUCGGUCGCAACAUGCGUCCCAUGAUCGACCAAAUGUUCCGAGGAGGCAAUGCUCGGCCCGAUGCUUCCAACGCCGUCCAGUCACUGCUUCCAUCGACGGCGGGCUCAAACUCCUCGACUGCGACUCCUUCUCAGCAGUCCAUGGGAUCGAAUCUUCAAAUUUGUACAUCCACCGCAUCGAUGCAAACUGCUCUGUCCGAGAAUCCGGCCGUCGCGGUCAUGUUCACGUCGAACAGCUGUCCGCCUUGUAACGCUGUCAGGCCCUACUUUGAAGAGCUGGCGAGAACCCACGGUGCUGGCGCAAAGCGGAUUGUUUUCGUCCUGGUCGAGAUGGGCGUCGGUGGUGGUGCACAGGUUGCAUCAGAUCCGGCGUUCGGGGGACCGAUACGUGCUACACCCACCUUCAUCUUGUUUGCUCGGGGCGAAAAGCUCGGACAGUGCCAGGGAGCGGAUCGACAGGAGUUAAAGACCCAAGUUCAACUUUUGGAAAUGGAGGUUUACCCUGGUGAGCGAGAUGAUCCGCAAUUAGCCUGAAAAAGUACGUACUGACCGGAUCCUUGCACAUAGCCCACGCUCACACCAAGCUAUCCCUCCCGGCUGUCACAAAGCUCUCCAAGUCUCUGGCCCCUGUCACCUACCCUAGCUUCCCUCCACUACCCGUGCUUGCGAAGAAACUUGAUGCGAGCCUUAACAACCACCAAGACAAGAUAGACUCGACGACUCGUGACGUUUUGACCAAACGGGUCAUUGCCUACCUUGCCGCUCUUCCAGCGCCGCCGGUCGCUCCUACAACACCGCUACCUGCGGACGCGUGGAUCCCAGCGACCGAGAAAGCACUCGAGGCCCUCGAUCCUCAAGAAUGGUUCCCUCUCUUGGACACCUAUCGGAUAGCCCUAGCUCGGGACAUAUCUCGACUCUCCGCCUCGACUGCUUUUACUUCCCUCAUCCCACGACUACUUGAACGAACUUGCACCGACCUCGAAUCGAGCGAGAAAGCCUUGAUCCUCACGCUCGUCCGCCUCGUUUCCAACAUGCUACCUUCACCUACGUUGGUCAACUUACUCCUCGAGCGGUCCUCCUUUGAUACUGUCACAAGGAUCAUCGUACGAGCUUUACUUGAUCCUGAUCAGAGCGUGCGUAGCGCUGGAUCCGGUUUAGCUUGGUCCAUCAUCAGUCGGGUCUAUGCUCGUCGGGUCGGGUCGGCCUCGAUCGACGCCGAUGAAGAAUGGCAAGUCGAGAUGGCGAGUGCACUCUUCGAAGCCUUAUCGAAGGAGGAGGAAAGCGUCGAGGUCGUGCAUCGUUUGGCGGCUACGUUGGGUUUGUUGAUGUUUCAGAGUUCACAUGCGGAUCCGGUCAAGGAAUUGCUUGGGGUGCUGGGUCUGGAGGAGGUGGUCAAUGGAAAAGCUAAGUUGCUUGAGGGGAACGCAGAGGUGGCUCAGUUAUUCAAGGAGUUGGAUAUCUUGUGUCAAUCAUAG